AUGUCUCCACCAAUUGACCCCCACAUGACCCCGGACAGCUUCUUCCACACCUUGUCCGCCAAGAAACCCUCAUCUUCCAGCCCCGUGCUCAUCUACUUCAUCUCCGGCAAUCCAGGCUUGAUAUCAUACUACUACCCAUUCUUCACGCAUCUGAUCGAGAAACUGAAGCCACUAGUCUCGGAGCACAAUGGCAAUCCCACCAUCCACCUCCACGGCCACAGCCUCGCCGGCUUCGAAGUCUCAGCAAGCGGGGACUCCGCCUCCGCCGCAGAGCCCUACUACCACGACCUCGAAGACCAGAUCCGCUUCGUACAGCACAAGCUAGACGAGUGCGUUACCGGCAUCGCCAACGCAGCAUCCACCCCCACUCCCAAACCCAGGAUCAUCCUAAUCGGCCACUCCGUGGGCACCUACAUGGCCAUGGAACUCAUCCGCCGCCACCGCGAACGCACAUCCUCAUCGUCUACCGACGCAUUCCCAACCUUCGACAUCAUAAGCGGCAUCCUCCUCUUCCCGACAGUCGUGGACAUCGCCAAGUCUCCGUCCGGGAGGAAAUUGACCACCCUCCUAUCCUUCCUCCCGCAUCUAGCCCUCAUCGCCAGCUUCUUCGCAAGGGCUUUGACGACCCUCCUCCCGGGGUUUCUGCUUCGCGGUCUGGUGGCUCUGGUCAUGGGGUCCCCGCCACAGGAGGCUGUGGAUACGACGGUUGCGUUUCUGCGGAGUAGGCGUGGUGUACGGCAGGCUUUACACAUGGCCGCCUCAGAAAUGUACAGCAUAAACUCAGACGAAUGGGCCGACGAAGUCUGGGGCAUCUCAUCCGAUGCCGGUUCGUCCGAAGCGCUAGCGAAGCUGUUCUUCUACUACGGACGAGAGGACCAUUGGGUGGCGGAGGAGACGCGCGAGGAGAUCCUUGCGCUGAGGGGGAAGGCUACGGAGGGCCGGGGUCCCACGAUGGUGGUUUGUGAGGAGGGGUCGCCUCAUGCUUUUUGUUUGCGGCAUAGUGAGGUUAUGGCUGCCAAGGUUGCGGAGAUGGUUAAGGAGGUGGUUGGGUGA